AUGUUGGUUUCAUUGUUUACAGAAUCCCAACUAAGAAAAAUGGGGAGCAGCGAAGGUCAGCAAACCUUUUGCUUAAAAUGGAAUCAUCAUAAAACCAACCUAGUAGAAAUUUUAGAAGCUUUAAUUAAAGUCGAGACGUAUGUUGAUUGCACGCUGGUCGUCGACGACCAAGUAACCUUUAAAGCACAUAGGGUAGUACUUGCUGCUAAUUCACCAUACUUUCAAUCAAUAUUAGCAGAUGUACCUAUGGAUCAUUGCAGUAUACUAUUUCCAGGAGUUAAAGACUUCGAAAUGCGUGCUCUUCUCGAAUAUAUGUACACGGGUGAAGUUAAUGUCACUCAAGCGCAUAUUCCGCGUAUCAUGAAGGUGGCGGAACAACUUGAGGUAAAGGGCUUGUUUGAUAUGACAGAACUACGGCGUCGACCUGGGAGUAGUGAACGCACUCCUGCGGCUUCUCCUCCGCGCGUGGUCCCAGCUGCGCCAUCUAGCGUUUCGCCUCCCAUGACGUCUACUCGAUGGCCGCUUGCACCUUCCGCACCCGUACUUUCAGCUGCUUACGAUUCUGCAGACAUGAACCCGUUAAAACGUAAAAAACUAUCUAGUAUGCUAGCUACUCGUGACACCCCAAUACUACGAAACGUUCUCGCUCAAGCUACUCCAGUGGAUUCAUCUCAGCCUAUGUCGCUUGUGUGUCACCCUGUCAGUCAGCAUGAAUCAACACGCUUGCACUCUAACGGGUCGGCACAUGAAUCUGAAAGACCUGCUAGUCCACAAAGGCCAUUUGAUUACCGUCCCAGGCGACUGUCCUCUAGAGCUUCUUCUCCGCAUUACAAUCGUUCAGACCGAUCAGAGGACGCUCACUCACCAUACACUGAGCGGUCUUUCGAAGACGAUAAUCAACGAUCAUUUCAUCCAUCUCCACCUCCAACUAAUUUUCAACAAGAUGUGAGAGCUGGUUUAGCUCCCUAUGUACCACCUCAGCAAAAACCUGAAUGGAAACGAUAUAAACAGUACACGAGGUCAGAUAUCAUGUCUGCUAUUGAAUGUGUUCGAAAUGGAAUGAGCGCUUUACAAGCCUCCCGUAAAUACGGUGUUCCAUCACGCACAUUGUACGAUAAAGUGAAAAAACUAGGCAUUACUACAAGUCGCCCUAUGAGCCGUGGAGUAAAAAGAGAAUCAAACGGCGCAGCUUUCCCUUACGGUCUAAGUGGGACCGGCGGCAAUGAUGACGGGGCGCCAACAACACCGCUUAUAGAUCCAUCUUUCCUACAACAAGCACUAGAAGGAGCUACUAGAGAUGGAGGCCGAGAAGCUUUACAUGCUAUGGCCUUAGCUGCCGCAGCUCAUGCUGCUUUAGCUCCUCGAACCCCACCUCGUUCAGCACCCCAGUCACCCCGAUCUCCUCCAGCUGACAAUGAUCAUGUUGAAGACCUCUCGGUGGCGCGACGACGCGAUCCAGAUCCACCUUCAGGUGUAAUAGUACCGCCUCGUAACUUUGCGCUUGAUUGCAGCAGCGACAGAGAU